AUGGGAAGUCGAAGCUCUCGUAACGCACAACCUGGUCUUGCUGGUUACGGUGAAGGACCUGAUCCAAACUAUGGAAUGGAUUAUUAUGGCGGUGCUUAUGAACCAUCUGGACUUACUUAUGGUGGUUAUCCAACUGCUGGAUAUUCUGGUGGUAGUGGUUAUGGCGGAGCAUAUCCACCAACAAGUUUCGGUGCCGGAGUAAAUCCUUACGGAUCUCUGGGUGGUCCACUUAGCGCCAAUAAUGCAUAUCCUAUUGGAUCUCUGGGUGGCCCAGCAGCUUUAGGUGGUUCUAAUGCUCUUGGUCUUGGCGGUAUGAGUGGUCUUCCUCCUAAAGUUCGUGUGAUUUUCGUUCCUCAAGGUGGUGCUUCUCAGUUUGCACCUCAAAUGCAAAUGCCAAUGCCACAGAUGUCCAUGCCACAAAUGUGUGCACCUCAAAUGCCAAUGCCAAUGCCAAUGCCACUGCCACAGAUGCCCAUGCCACAAAUGUGUGCACCUCAAAUGCCAAUGCCACAAAUGCAAAUGCCAAUGCCUCAGAUGCAAAUGCAAAUGCCUCAGAUGCAAAUGCCAAUGCCUCAGAUGCAAAUGCCAAUGGCUCAACCAAUGUGUCAACCUUCGCCAAUGGGUGGUCUUGCAAGCUACGGUGGCGGUUUUGGAAUGGGUGGUGGUUCACCAUUUUCUGGCGGUUUUGGAAUGGGUGUUGCUCAACCAGUUGGUGGAUUUAGCGGUGGUUUCGGAAGCGCACUCCCGAUGUGGGACCGUUCAUUUUUCUCAUAG